AUGUCUGGAAGCGCAGGUUACGACAGACAUAUUACCAUCUUCUCGGACAAUGGACGCUUGUACCAAGUCGAAUAUGCGUUCAAGGCCAUCACUUCGGCCAACAUCACCUCGCUCGGUGUGAGAGGAAAGGACUGUGCCGUGGUGCUGUCGCAGAAGAAAGUCGCUGAUAAACUGAUCGACCCUUCCUCCGUUUCGCAUAUCUUCCGCCUGUCUCCCUCCGUCGGCUGCGUCAUGACCGGUUCCAUAGCCGAUGCCAGAGCCAGCGUCGACCGUGCUCGCGGAGAAGCGGCCGAGUUCCGAUACAAGUAUGGCUACGAGAUGCCUUGCGACGUUCUUACCAAGCGACUGGCCAACAUCAACCAGGUCUACACACAGAGGGCUUACAUGCGGCCGCUAGGUGUCGCCAUGACCUUGAUCUCGGUGGAUUCGGAGAAGGGCCCCCAGCUCUACAAGUCUGACCCUGCAGGAUACUACGCCGGAUACAAGGCCACCGCGUCCGGCCCCAAGCAGCAGGAGGCGCUGAACCACCUCGAGAAGAAGUUGAAGAACAAGGACUACGCCGAAGGCAGCUGGGAGGAGGUCGUUGAGCUGGGAAUCACGGCCCUGAGCCACGUGCUCAGCGUCGACUUCAAGAAGCACGAACUGGAAAUCGGCAUCGUCGGCGGUCCCCGGACGGACGGCAAGGAGGGCACAGACACCGCGUUCCGAGCUCUGACGGAAGACGAGAUCGACGAGCGGUUGCAGGCCAUUAGCGAGAAGGAUUAA